AUGGCGAACGAAGGUCAGUGCAUCACCACAGUUUGCAUUAAUGUGGCUGAUGAAUACAGAUGUUGUCAUCACUUCAGAGACACAUGGGGCAUUGAUGCUGGAGGAUCAGGUACAAUUAAAGCUACUGCAAAGUUUAACCAAGGGAUCAUCUGGUACGACGAGGCUUACGUCCCGCUUCGUACAUAUUCAGCAGCAGAGGAAGAAAUAGGGAAGCUGCCUUUGGCAUACAUCCGCUCCUCCUGAGUCUUCUCUUGUACCAUGAGCUCUGGCUCUGCCCAGGAUGUGGCAGUCGAGCAUUUCCUGCGUGACAUAGAGCGGCGAAGCAAGUGGCUGCACUGCGCUGUGAUAGGCUGUGAGGAGGAGCGAUCCUGCAGCGACAUGAACCUGCUGUAUCGUAAGAGUCGCUUGGACUGGAGGCAGAGAGAGCAUGAGGGAAAUAAGAAGAGCUCCACCCAAAAUGACCCAUCGGCUACUGUGGGAAAAGUCAGAGACUUGGCGUCUUUCCGACGGCACUUCCGGAUGGGUUUCAUGACCAUGCCCGCCUCCCAGGACCUGUCCCCUCACACUUGUGCCUCUGCCAUGGCGCCACGCUCGCAGUCCUGCCACGCUGUCGGUGCGGGAGAUACAAGCCUGGAGAACGGCGACUACUCCGACACGCAGUCUCAGCACGGCGGCCGCUGCCCCCCGGCCAAACCCAAACGCCAUCCGAGUACCCGCCUCAGCUCCUCGUCUGCUGACAGCAGAGGACCUCCUGAGACCCCACCGCCCCCUUCGAGUUCCCACUCACAGGCCAAACACUCAGAGAAGAAAAACUCCAUGAAAAAGUCAGACUCCGGGGAGAUUGGAGCAAAGAAGGUUCCUCCUUUGAAACCCAAAAGAAGUCCCAGUACCCAGCUCACCUUUGACCCCCUUCCUCCACGUGUGCCUCCUUCUGCCACCCCCUUGCCCUUCCAGUCUGCAGACUCCCAGAUACAGACAGGAGAUGGGGAGGAUGAGCCAGUCUAUAUAGAAAUGGUGGGCCAAGUGUUCACCAGAGACAGUCAGACGACCACAUCCCACCCGGUCACCCCCGUGGCCACCACGCCAGACUCCGACUCUGAUCAGAGUGAAGCGAUCUACGAGGAGAUGAAAUACCCGCAGCAGGAAAACAGAGAGUCCCAGAGGCAUCUCCCUCCAAAGCAUGACAAACUGAAAGCAUCAAAGCACUUCCACGUCACCACUUCCUCCUCCAGCAGUUCUUCUUCUCUCCCUCGCCCUUCAUCUUCUUCCCCGUCCUACUCCAAACCCAAAGCUACAGUUUCCAUCUCCCAUUCUUCUCCACUGCCUUCCUCUGCAUCCUCCACUCCUGUACCCCAGGUCCUGUCCACCAGUCCCCACACACCACGAGCUCCAACUCCCUAUCUGUUGCAAGGAGGUAAAUCUGAGUCAGAGUCCAACACAAAAAUCCCGGCCCCCUUCCCCAAUCUCCUGCAGCACCGUCCCCCGCUUCUUGCCUUUCCCCAGCCUGCAGCUGCAUCCAGCGGGGUAGGAGUUCAAAACAAGACAUCCACCACUGCUAAAACUCAAACAUCCAGUGCAACAACUCAAGCUAGCACCUCCUCCUCGGCUUCUUCUAAUGUUCCCACCUCCCUGUCAGGGUCCAAGGAAUUAUCAGGAGGCACGUCACAGCAGGACAAAUAUAGUCGAGACUCCCAGUUAGGCCCUGCUCCUGGACUGAGAGCCAGGAGUCACUCCACACCACUACCUCCCUCUUCCAAGUCCACCUCCCCUUUCUCUCACCACCAUCACCAUCCUCAUCAUCGCCCCUCGCACUACCACCACUACCGGAAGCCGGAUCGAGGGGACUCCCCGGCUCCGACCAAGAGCAGCUCUCAGAGUUCGAACCAGGCCACGGUCCAGACGCAGACCUCGGGGACAGGCAAGGAGGGCAAGUCCGUCAGCUUCCUUCUGAAGUCUGACAAAGGAGAGAGGGAUAAAGACCGGGACAGGGGUAGAGACAGGGACAAGGAGCGAGACAGAGACAAGGACAAGGACAGGGACAGAGAUAGGGAUAAAGACAGAGAACGAGACCGAGAAAGGGACAGGGCUAGAGAUAGAGAUAGAGACAGAGACAGAGAUAGAGACAGAGACAGAGAUAGAGACAGAGAUAGAGAUAGAGACAGAGAAGGAGGGCCACACUCAUUACCUAUGGAGAGCAUUAUCACCACUAGCAGCCAAACACCUCUAAGCAGCACCAGCUCCACUCCCACGCCAUUAUCCUCUUCCCAGCGUCCCCAUUCUCGCCCACACCUCCGCUCUCACACACCUCAUGGCCUGCCAGCAUACAAGCCGCCCUCCUCAGACAGCCCGCUGCUGUGGACCUACCCGUCUGGUGGCUUUCGGAGGCCACCAGCAUAUGAGAGCUUGAGAGCCAGCUCUCAGACACCAUCUCUACAACAGCCUUCAAGCCUUACCGGUGUGGGUGAGGGGGUGUCCAAGAGCAACAGUGGGUCCUCAUCGAACUCAAAAGUUGGCUUCAUGCCCUGGGACAGCAGCGCCAGCUUAGCUGCGGAUGAGGGGUUUUACUGGCCUAUGCAGAGGAAGCUGUCCUUUAGCCAUGGAAGCAGAGAGGCAGAGAAGGAUGAAGGGCGAGCCUGGAACGGCAGUGCUGAUGCACUGUUAAGAAUGGACAAAGAGGAUCUCGGUAUCAGCUCUCGAGGAGGCCAGUCAGGCAUCCCAGUUCACUUUAGUAGUGCCACCAGCAGGGCUCUGGGUCACAGCGAGUCUUUGGCAGGAGUGGAUGGCAGCCCAGGAUUCAGAGCGCUGCCCAGAGGAGGACUCCCUCUUCCCUGCCAGACUUUUCCUGCCUGUCGUAAUGGAGAAGUGGGGCGGCUGGGCCGCUCCUCCUCUGCUGCUGGAGUCAGACAGGUGGGCGGAGGAGACGUCCACCGACAGAGCAGUCUACCAGUACGAGAAGCCCUGAAUCAGCUGCACAGUAUGGCCCUAGCUCAAGCUCCUUGCAGCCCCAGCAGCCCCAGCGUCUCCCGGCAGCAGCAGCAGCAGGCGCAGCUCCAGCAGCAGCAGCUGCAGCUGAAGCAGCAGCUCCAGCAGCUCCAGCAGCAGCACCACCUGCAGCUGCAGUUCCAGCAGCUCGCCCAGCUGGCACAGGGACAGACUCCAAGCGGCGGGGGCACCACGCCAUCUACGGCGCAGACCCAGAGAGACGGCAAGCUGCUGGAAGUCAUUGAGCGUAAACGCUGUCUGUGCAAGGAGAUCAAGGCCCACCGGCGCCCUGACAAAAGCUUGUGCAAACAGGACAGCAUGCCCAUCCUCCCUAGCUGGAGACGGACACCUGAGCCUCGGAAGACUGGCACGCCACCCUGCCAGAGGCCGCAGGCCGUUGUGUGGGACACAGCUAUCUGACCCCAGGAGAAGUGGAUUACAUAACAUGACUUUUCCAAUGGCCUGGUGAAAGAAAUUACUUAAAAAAGACUUGCAUACAAAAUACCAUCUUUAUUAUUAUUGUGUUAGAGACUGGUCUCCAAACAUGGUUUGUGGAGAUGUUGAACUUGAACAGCAAAAAGAGGUGAAGAAAUAUAGUUAUUACAAUCAGACUAAAUUAAUUUCUAUCCAGCUGAUUAGUAUUUUCUCUGUACUAUGUACUGCACUGAUGUGUUCCAAUUGCCAACAAGUUUUUUUUUUUUUGUCACAAAACACCAGUAUUAUUGUUAAUACAGAGUGGGUCGGGUUCCUAGAUUGGUGUUGCCAAAUAUCCUCCUGACUACUUGAGACACUAGGGAAUCAUGUACCUUCGCCAACAAAGCAUCAAAACUACUCUGCAGAGGAGAGCAGACAAGAUUCGUAGAUAAGUUAUCGAAGUGUUUCUUGAAAAUAGUGAAUGUAUUUGAGAUGUCUUGAUAUCAAUAGAUUGUCAUUGUGGAUGCAAAUAAUCAUCACCGAAAAGUAAAAGCUACCUACUGUGUCCGUUUGCAUAUUUGUAAUGUAAAUCUCUUUUACUUUCUCAACCUUUCAGCAAUUUUACAGCAAUACGCUCUGGAAGAAAACAAGCUUGAGCAACAUAUUUCAAAAACUUGUGUCAACUAGCCUAACAUACAUAUCUAAGACUUGAAUAAGUCAUAUUUACUGUGUCAUACUCUGCAUGUCACCAAUAGACAUGCAGUGCUGUAAGCUUGAGACAAAAAAAGAAAAAAAACCUGAUCUUGUCUGACAGAUCUUCACUAUGUUCCUGUGUGGUUGUAGGAAAAAUAUGAAUUUACUGCUUAAGAGAGGUGUUUGUGGAGGAUGGGGGGGUGUUAGUCCAGCUGAGUAUACUCAGAUACAGAUCAGUGGUACGGAAAAAAAACCUCAGUCAUCGCUCAUGCUUUUUGCAUAGUUGCACAUUAGCGUUCGUUCCACCGAGCACUGACACCCAUCGGCUGAAAGACUGCGCAACACGGUGCAGCUCAUGAGACUGUGAGCAUCGAUCAUCUCAAACUCAAUGCUGGAACAAUCUGCACAAAGCAUCACUUAGAGGAGAAAUUCAAACCCUGAUGUACUGUAUAUAGACAUGUACAAGUGUAUUGAAAAUGUAGCAAUUAUCUCCAUUUUCAUACUUGUACUCAAUACAUAUUAUGUAGCAUAUACUGUAUAAACAUAACUUCCUUCAUUUGUUUUUUUUUUCUAAGAGAAUUAAGUACCUGCUGCAGACAGCCCAUGCAUAACUUAUUGUUCGAUUCAUAAACAAUGAGCCCUCUAAAAAAAAAAUACAACCCAGAAACAGUUAUUUAUAUAAUUUUAUGCAAGAAUCCCUUUAAGCUCUGUUAUUUAUUCAACCCCCUUUUUCUACAUUCACUUUUGUUUGUGUACAGAUUUCAACUGCUUUUUUUGGUCUUAACAUUUUUAAUACUUUGCUGCUAUUUGAAUACCCAUGUUGUUCAUUGGACUACAUAGUGUUGCCAUGAUAAACGUUAUUAAAAUGAUGCUUAUUGUUACAUAAUAAUUUCCUUUUGGGGGGGGGGCGGGGCUUUUUUUUUUUUUCAGAAAGCCACAUGGAAUGAAGUUUGUACCUUGACGAGUCAGCUCUCCUGUACUAGUAUUAAGGCACUUGAAUGUCUCUUGGUUGUUGUUUUUUUAAUAAUAGUUAUAGUACCAAACUGUACAGUGCAGUACAUCAAGUGAAAAAAGACCUAUUUAAAAUGUUUAAGACUUACUUUUUGGCCAGUUUUGUUUUGUUUAUGUCCACCUGCUCGUGUUUGAGGGACUUUAUUUUUUCUAAGCCUUUUGGAUCCAUUUUCAUAAAAACACAGGCCAAGUUGGAGGAAAUGGGCAAGUGCAAUGCAUGCAGAGAUUCCUUACACUGAAAUGCUCCAAAUGAUACUUCCUAUUGUGCCCAGUCUGAUUUUAAAUACCAAGUAAUCACCUUACUAUGUCACAGACUGAUGUGAAACCUGAGGUACAGGCUACCAUUUUUCCAGAAUAGUUUACAGAGGCUGUUGGUUUUGUGUGUCUUCUAAAACAGUGGCCAUUAUAUGAGUGCCAUACUAUAUUGAUAUGGUAAGAUACGGUGUACCUUGGAAAUCACUGUAGUGCUAUAUUUGCAUUGAUAUUGUCAUUGGAAAUAAAUUUUAUAUAAUGAACUUUACACAACAAA